AGCGGUGGUCCGAGGGAUUUGCUGCUGGUGUGGAUCGUGGGCGGUGCUUUGAGGUUUGUCCAUCCAAACUCAGCCUUAGGCGCUCCGUUGGAGUUCGAGUAUCCGCCUUUCGUAGCAGGCCUGGUCGCACCCGGCCGGGAGCGACUUUGAGGCCCUGUCGCAGCCACCGCUGCCGCCGUUGUCGCGUACACCACCGUCGCCGGGGCGGGUGAAGUUGGGCGCUGUCCGCAACCGCCGCCUAGGCGGUGUCCACGGCGUGCCCAUGUCGCUGCCUGGGCGCCGGGGCCGCCUGUCUUCCCCCGGAACCAGUCGCCAGUCCGCGGAGGCCUGCGAAAAGCUACGGCGCCGUCUCCUGGGCCUCAUCGAGGGCAACCGAGUGAUGAUUUUCAGCAAGAGCUACUGUCCGCACUGCACGCGGGUUAAAGAACUCUUUUCUUCUUUGGGAGUUGAAUGUAAAAUCUUGGAACUCGAUCAAGUGGAUGAUGGGGCCAAUGUUCAAGAAGUGCUGUCAGAGAUCACUAAUCAGAGAACUGUGCCCAAUAUUUUUGUGAAUAAAGUACAUAUGGGUGGAUGUGACCAGACUUUCCAGGCACAUCAGAGUGGUUUAUUACAGAAGCUUCUUCAGGAGAAUUCAGUAUAUGAUUAUGACCUCAUUGUCAUUGGUGGUGGUUCUGGUGGCCUUGCAUGUGCUCAGGAAGCUGCCAUUUUGGGAAAGAAAGUGAUGGUGCUAGAUUUUGUGGUCCCAUCACCUCAGGGUACAUCUUGGGGUCUUGGCGGUACUUGUGUAAAUGUAGGUUGUGUUCCUAAGAAACUGAUGCAUCAAGCUGCCCUUUUGGGACAGGCAUUAAGUGACUCAAGGAAAUUUGGCUGGGAGUAUAGUCAACAAGUGAAGCACAACUGGAAGACCAUGACAGAAGCUAUUCAAAACCAUAUUGGCUCUCUAAAUUGGAGCUACAGGCUGUCUUUAAGGGAGAAGGCAGUAGCCUAUGUAAAUUCCUAUGGAGAAUUUGUUGAGCAUCAUAAAAUAAAGGCAACCAAUAGAAAAGGACAGGAAACUUACUAUACUGCUGCAAAAUUUGUCAUAGCAACAGGUGAAAGGCCACGGUAUUUAGGAAUCCAAGGAGAUAAAGAAUACUGUAUUACUAGUGAUGACCUUUUUUCUCUGCCUUAUUGCCCUGGCAAAACAUUAGUAAUUGGUGCAUCCUAUGUGGCUCUGGAAUGUGCAGGAUUUCUUGCUGGUGUUGGCUUAGAUGUCACAAUUAUGGUGCGUUCAAUCCUUCUUCGUGGCUUUGAUCAAGAAAUGGCAGAGAAAGUGGGUUCCUACAUGGAACAACAUGGUGUUAAGUUCUUAAGGAAAUUUAUACCUGUGAUGGUUCAACAGUUGGAGAAAGGUUCACCUGGAAAACUGAAAGUAGUGGCUAAAUCCACUGAAGGACCAGAAACUAUUGAAGGAGUGUAUAACACAGUUUUGUUAGCAAUUGGUCGUGACUCCUCUACAAGGAAAAUAGGCUUGGAGACGAUUGGUGUCAAAAUCAAUGAGAAGAGUGGCAAGAUUCCAGUCAAUGAUGUGGAACAGACCAAUGUGCCAUAUGUUUAUGCUAUUGGAGAUAUUCUGGAAGGUAAACUUGAGCUCACUCCUGUUGCCAUACAGGCAGGCAAGCUGUUGGCUCGAAGACUUUUUGGGGGUCAUGUAGAAAAGUGUGAUUAUAUAAAUGUUCCCACUACAGUGUUUACUCCUCUGGAAUAUGGCUGCUGUGGAUUAUCUGAAGAGAAAGCUAUUGAAGUAUAUAAAAAAGAGAAUCUAGAAGUGUAUCAUACUUUUUUCUGGCCUCUCGAAUGGACAGUAGCUGGCAGAGACAACAGUACUUGUUAUGCAAAGAUAAUUUGCAAUAAAUUUAACAAUAAUCGGGUGAUAGGAUUUCAUCUUCUUGGACCGAAUGCUGGUGAAGUUACCCAAGGGUUUGCAGCUGCAAUGAAAUGUGGGCUCACGAAGCAGCUACUUGAUGACACUAUUGGGAUUCAUCCUACCUGUGGUGAGGUAUAUACAGGAAAGAGAGGUAUUUACCACUUUGGAAAUCACAAAGUCAUCAGGACUAGACAUCUCCCAGAAAGGCUGCUGAGGCUAGACCUGCUGCUGUCUAGUCUCCCUUGUCAAUUCACGUUUUUUCACAUGACUAGAAUCAUGUGCUCUCAGAUCACAUGAGUCUGUGAUCAGGGCACCUGCUGUCAUGCACAGGGCCCACUGCAGGGCUUUCAUCGUAGCACACAGAUGAGAAUGUAGACAAGGAGGCAGGCAGCAGUGCAUAUCUACUCAACCGUCUCAGCUGACCUGGGAGAGGCAGUUACAUUGCUUCCUUGACGUCUUACUCAGAACCCCUUAUGAAGAGAGCUAAGACCAAUGUUCUUCCAAGUCAGAGCUUUCCUUUGAAAGACCUUUUAAUCACAUAACUAAUCUAAGUUAACUUUUCUGUUUCCUAGGGUUUUUAAAAAAUAAUUUCUUUGCUUUGUUCCUAUAAAAAUAUUUUCUCAGUUAUAAAACUAUAGAAUAGUGAUCUUCCAAUGUGUGAGUGUGGAAAGCACACAUGGUCUCUGGUAAGUGGUAUCUGUGGAAAUGCCCUGAAGUAACUGGCUGCAGAGGACUGGGGUGCAUUAGUAGAAACUUACACACACUAAAUGUAGUUUAGUUAGCUGUUUUCUCCUUUGAUUACAUUUUUAUCUACUGCCUUAUGCUUCACCCUCUCCUGGUUUCCUGAUGGUAACUACCUUGGAGUCAGUCAUUCUCCUCUUAGUGUCUCUAGACUGAACAGAGUAUCUUAGGUCAGAGAGAAAUGCUUGUAUUUUUUUUCAUGUUGAUCUUAAGAUAAUAUAAAAUGUUUUCAAUACUCUAUUAUUUGAGCUGUAUUUAAAACUCUAAAAUGAUUCAGUCUACAAUCUAACUAUAGCCAAGUUCAGUAAAUGAACAAGCAAUAUUAGGAUAUUCCAUUUGAAUUUAUAUACCUGUCAACAUCUAAAAGGCCCUUGCAAUGGGAGGCCCAGCUAAGGACACCCAAAGGAUUUGUAACCACUCUGCAAGUCAUAGAUCAUUGGAAAGGGUACUUAUCUUUCCUUAGCAAGGGGAGAAAAGGCUUGGAUAUAAAUCUGUUAACUGGCUCCCUCAUUCCCUUUCCCCUACUCCCUGCACUCCUGCCCCAACUUUAUCUCUUUCUCCACUUUUCUUUUUUCUCCUCUCCUGGAAUAAAGGUGAGCUUUAUAUAAUUUUGAGAGAUCUGUUUUAUCUGGAAGAUAAAUUUUAUAUGUAUCUAAUAACAUAACAUGCAUACAGAUCAGUAGGGAAAUAUUAACAUUGUACAUUAUAGUAGAGAUUUUAAUAUACCUAACCAAUUUAUUAGAUAAAAGAAAAAAUAUCAGUAAAGAUACAGAUUUGGAUAGCACAAUUAAGGUCAGUUAAAUGAACUUAUGAAGAAGACUUUAACAUAAAUACUCAUUUCAAGUACAUAUUGAAUAUUUAUGAAGUUUGCCAUGUGCUAGCUCAACAAAUUUCAAAAGACUGCUGUAGAGAUGAGACAAAAGGGUUUUAGCUGUGGGACUAACACUAAACCCACUGAUCUCAAAAUCCAUGCAGUAUGGUGGGAAAUGGAAUAUGCAGGUAUUGUGAGGUGAGCAAGGGGUUAAUGUGAGAUCAAGCUAAAAGAGCUAGGUUAGACUCAGGAAUCAUCCACAAGAAGAAGGGAAUUGUGGAAAGAUUCUAGACCUUGAAGAAUAAUAGACUUGUGAAUGUCUGGUCCCGUUAUUUACUAAAUAUAUGAAAAAAAUUUAUUGUUUAACUUUUCUAAUUCUUCAUUCAUGCUGACAGUAUUGCCCAUUUCACAGAUUUACAACUGAAUACAUUUACUAAGUUUCCAGUGUAUAGCAUAUCAGCAUAGAGUAUCUUGGCAUCCAUGAUGAUGAGUAGGGGCCCUAUUUAAGGAAAGCUUCUGUAGACACAGCAUUAUAGCCAUUAGAAGACAGGAGACCUAUUGACAAAUCAGUGCUUUGGCAGCUGUGAUCAUGUUGCUCAGUUAGUUGGAGCAUCAUCCCAUACACCAUAUGGUUGCCGGUUUGAUCCCUGAUCAUGGCAUAUACCUAGGUUGCUAGUUUAAUCUCCAGUCAGGGCAUAUAUGGGAAGCAACCAAUCAGUAUUUCUAUUUCAUGCCAGUGUCUGUCUGUCUGUCUGUCUCUCUCUCUCUCUCUUUCAAAUCAAUAAACAUAUCCUUGGGUGAGGAUUUUAAAAAAAUUUAAUUGGUGCUUUGGCAGACUUCACUAUAAUAGGCAGCCUUUUAGUUGGGCCUCAAGUUGGAUUCUCCAGCUGUGUGUAGUCAUAUCCUCAUGUAGUCCCCUCUUAUAAUGUAUCAAGGUUGGUCUGUGUGACCAGUAAAAUAUGGCAGAAGUGAUGGCUUUUCACUUCUAAAAUUAGGCCAUCAAAGGACUGCAGCUUAAGUUUUGGUCACUCUGAUGCACUCUCUUGUAUCAUUUGCUCUCUGAGAAGGCACCUGCCAUAUCAUGAAGACUCUCAGGAAACCCAUGGAGAGGCCAAGAUGGUAAGGAGCUGAAGUCUGUAGCCAACACCAAGAAACAGGUCUGUCAGCAUCCAUGUGUAUGAGCUCAGAAGUGAUAUUUCCCCAUGUAAGCCUUCUCCUAGCCAGCAGCUUGCCUGCAAUCUCUUGAGAGAAUGGGCCAGAACUACUCAGGCCACUCUCAGAUUUCUGAUCAUCAGAAACAAAAUAAAUACUUAAUAAUUCAAGCUACGUUUUGGAAUAAUUUGUUAUACAAUAAUAGAUAAUAUGUUCAUAGAGAAUUAAAAUUAGUACAAAUUUCAUCAGCUAAUUUAAAAUGUCUUGACUUUUUUUCCUAGGGCAGAUAAAAUAAACCAUUUGCAGAUUUUGGAUUUCAACAAAAAGGGAUUGGAGCUCAGAUUAAACACUGAACUUCCUUCAGUUGCAGGCAAGGAAACCAUAAGCAGAGAAGCAUAAGGAUCCUUAGUUGAGAACCUUCAGAGUCUGUGGUCUUGGGCUUUGACUGUGAUGGGUCCCUGCUGAAUUUUCUUGGAGCAUCUAUGGUUAUUAAUGCUCAUGAAAGAUUGCUUAGGCCCUGGCUGGUAUAGCUCAGUGGAUUGAGCGCAGGCCUGCGAACCAGACAAUUGCGGUUUGAUUCCCAGUCAGGGCACAUACCGGGGUUGCAGGCCAGUUCCCAGCAGGGGACGUAGGAAAGGCAACCAUACUUUGAUGUUUCUCUCCCUCUCUCCUUCCCUUUCCUUCUAAAGAUAAAUAAAUAAAAUCCUAAAAAAAAAAAGAUUGCUUAGGAAACCAUUCGACUUAGUGAGGCAGAACAAUACCUUGACAGUCUCUUCUCAGAUAGGAAUUAGAGAAAUGUCCUUAGAGUAUUAAGGGUAGGGGUUAGGGUUUAGUCAAGGGGUGGUUAUAUGGCAGAGGUAGGUGAGUGGCUCUAGGCAGAAAUUGGUCAGAAUUUGUAAACUAGUUGUUGGAAUUGUGUCAGUGGUCUUUAGAAUUUGGGAUAUGUGAGACCAUCUUGAGUUCCUGUUAUGGUAGUCUUCUCUUGGAACAUACAGGUCUGAAUGUGUUUGUGUUAAAACAGCUCAAGUUUUGGUAAUUUGUUGUGUAAUGUGCUUUAGUACACUUUAUAGGUUUUUGAGUAAUAGUACAAUUUUUUCAAAUUGUGGUUUUAUUUCCCAAUGUAGAACUAUCUCAUGUGUCUAGGAAGGGAGUGACAAAGAGACCUAGUGGGAAUUUAUUGUAAGACAUCAUCAAAUAUUUGAGACGUAUGCUUCUACCCAUACCGGAAUAACAAGUACUAGACUUAACAUUUCUCUAUAACCUGAAGGAAAUGUGGAACCGUGUUCAGGCAUGGAACAAUGGACAGUGCAGAAUUGUGAUUUCUGAGAGAAGGAAAACAAAUGAAGUGAUUCCCUACAAUUUCCCCGAACUUUCUGCAUGGGAGUAAUUUUCAGUAUACAAACACGAGGGAGAAUCCACACAGAGCCCAGUGAUCUUGAUUAAUAGGGAUAGAAAUUGGAGUUUAUUGUGGUGGAGAGAAAUGUGGUGGGAACUCUGCAGAGAAGAGGUCCAGAAAUCUAUAGCAAGAUCCCGAGUCUGUUGAAUUCUAAGCCAUACAUCCUCAGAGUAAAAGUCUAGAAGGUCAGGGAAAAAAUGAUGGAGUAAAAACUGAACAAUUGCCACAGAACUUAGGUGAGGAAAAAAAUUCUAACUGACCAGCAGAGGAAUGUCCUCAAUAAUCCCCUUGAGAUAUUAAGUAGAGACCCCAGGAGGAGCCAUGCUUUAGCAACAAAGUUGAACUAUCCCAGGAGGCAAGUCUACUAUUGACUCAUCCUAACAAAGUUUAAAAGUAGAAUUUAAUGGAACUAAGAUAAUCCAGAAGUCACUGCCUACAAAAGUAAGCACAACACCCAUUAAAAGAAUACAACAAAACACUUGAAAAUGUAAAGACCUUAAUGUCUAAUACCCAAUCAAAAAUUACUAGGCAUGCUAAAAAGCAGGAAAGUGAGACCCCUAAGAAAAAACAGUGAAUAAGAAAUAGGCCCAUAAUGAAAUAACAUAAGGUUGUUACAGGGAAACAUGAACAUAAUGAAUAAAGUGGAAAAUAAAAGAACCAAAAAUAAUUUGUAGAGGUGAAAAAUACAGUCCUUGCAGAAGUAGCUUGGUUGUUUGUAGCAUCAUUCUGUAGACCCAAGAGUCCCAGUUUAAUUCCAGGUCAGGGCACAUAUCCAGGUUGUGGGUUCAAUCCCGAGUUGGUGUGUGUGAAAACAGCCAAUAGAUUCUCACUCUCAUUCUCUUGCUUUCACUCUCCCUUUCUCUAAGAGCAAUGAAAAAUCCUAGAUUAAGGAUUUAAAAAAAAAUACAAUACACAUUUCAGGAAUCCCUGAAAUAGUUUGGUGACUUGCUGGAAGGACUCAUAUGACUCAAAGUCACACUCAUGCCCAGUUUUUAUUACAGUAAGGGUAAAGUGCAGGGACAGGGAAAAAAGCAAAAGCAAGUGUUAGAUCAUAUUCAGGUUUCCAAGUCAUAUCUCUACAAGAGUUGUACAGAUGUACUUUCAACUGUGAACUGCAGAGACACCUGUCUACACCCAGGAAAGUUCACACAUGUCUUAGAGUUCUGAGUUCUUGAAAGGGACUAGUCACAUAGCUGUGAUGAGGACCAGAAAUCAGACACCAACUGUAAAUUAUAAACAUUCAUGUUUAAACACAUAUCCUGGUGCAUCUUGACCUACUAGUUUAGGCAUAUCUAAUAAUAAUUAACCCGUAACUGUAUUUCAUCAAUUUAUUUCCCACGGCUUAGCCAGGGAUCACUGCCCUGGCUACAGAGGUAUGUAGUGAGCAAAAUAAAAGUGAGCAAAAUAGACCUACUUAAUCAACUGUUCCUUCACUAUAUUCAAAAAAAUAUUUAAUUGAAUGUGAUCAAUAGAUUAGACACUAUAGAAGAAAAAUGUAGUUAAUUAAAGACAUGAUAGAAACAAUAUAAAGUAAGGACAGAAAAGAGAUAGAAAAGUAAUAAAUGAAUUUAGGUUACAUGAAUUCCGUAACAUUGUCAAAUAAUUUAAAUUUAUCAUUAAGAGUCCCAGAAAGGCAAAGGAGACAAGAAGCAGAAAAUAUUUAGAGAAGAAUUUUAUAAAUUUGAUGGAAACUAUAAGCUUACAUAUCGAAACCUUACCCAAGUUCAAUUCAUCAUGCCUGGUUUCCAACAGAAAAAAAUUAUAAGGCAUAUUAAAAGAUGACAAAGUUUGAAGAGACAGCAAGCAUCAAAAUCCGAUUCAUAUGGGAGAGAGAUUGAAAUUACCAGGAAUUUAAAUCAACUAUGAUUAAUAUGCUAAGGGCUCUAAUGGAAAAAGUGGGAAACAUACAAGAAAGAUGGGUACAAUAAGAGAAACGAAAACUCUUAAGAAACAGAAGGAAAUGUUAGAAAUAACUGGAAUAAGAGCCCUGGCUGGUUGGAUUGAGGGUCAGCCUGUGAAACAAAAGGUCACCAGGUUGAUUCCCUGUCUAGGGCACAUGCCUGGGUUGCCAUCCAGGUCCCCAGUAGGAGGCAUGUGAGAGGCAAUCACAGGAUGUUUCCCCUUCUUCCCCCGCCCCAAAGUAGAUAAAUCACUAAAAAAAAGGAAUAAGGAAUGCCUUUGAUGGAAUCACCAGUAUAGCGCACAUGGCCAAGGAAAGAAUUAGUGAGACUGAGGAUGGGCUAAUAGAAAUGUCCCAAACUUAAAUAAAAAGAGAACAAAGAAGAAUUUUAUUAAAAAAUCAAUGAAUCCAGGAGUUGGUUCUUUGAGAAGAUAAACAAAAUAGACAAGCCUUUAAGUAGGCUCAUCAAGAGAAGAAGAGGACACAAAUAAACACAAUCAGAAAUGAAAGAGGAGAGAUUACAACUGAUACCACAGAAAUAGAAGGGAUUGUAAGAAAUUACUAUGAAGAACUGUAUGCCAAGAAAUUUGAAAACCUAGGGGAAAUGGACACAUUUAUAGAAAAAUAUAAUCCUCCAAAACUCAGUGAAAAAGAAGCAGAAAAUCUAAAUACACUAAUAACAGCAAAAGAAAUUGAAGCAGUAAUCAAAAAACUCCCAUCACACAAAAGCCCUGGACCAAAUGGUUUCACAGGAGAAUUCUACAAAGCAUUUAGGGAAGAGCUAACCCCUAUUCUCCAGAGACUAUUCCAAAAAAUCCAGAAGGAUGGAAAACUCCCAAAUUCUUUUUAUGAAGACAGCAUCAUCCUAAUUCCAAAACCAGAUAAAGACAUAACAAAGAAAGAAAACUUCAGGCCAAUAUCGCUGAUGAACAUAGAUGCUAAAAUCCUCAACAAAAUAUUGGCAAAUCACAUCCAACAAUAUAUCAAAAAGAUCAUACACCAUGACCAAGUGGGAUUCAUUCCAGGGAAGCAAGGAUGGUUCAAUAUUCACAAAUCAAUAAAUGUAAUACAUCACAUAAACAAAAGCAAAGACAAAAAUCACAUGAUCAUAUCAAUAGAUGCGGAAAAAGCUUUUGAAAAGGUACAACACCCAUUUAUGAUAAAACACUCAGCAAAGUGGGAAUACAGGGAGCAUUUCUCAAAAUAAUAAAGGCCAUAUAUGAGAGACCUACCACCAACAUCAUACUCAAUGGGCAAAAACUAAAAGCUUUUCCACUAAGAUCAGGAAGAAGACAAGGAUGUCCACUUUCACCACUUCCAUUCAAUAUAGUAUUGGAAGUUUUAGCCACAGCGAUCAGGCAAGAAAAGGAAAUAAAAGGCAUCCAAAUAGGAAAGGAGGAAGCAAAACUGUCACUGUUUGCAGAUGACAUGAUGGUGUACAAGGAAAAUCCUAUAGACUCUACCCAAAAACUGCUUGAACUAAUUAAUGAAUUUGGCAAAACAGAUGGUUACAAAAUCAAUAUCCAGAAAUCAAAGGCAUUUUUGUAUACCAACAGUGAAUCAGCAGAAGCAGGAAUCAAGGAAAAAAUCCCAUUCGAUAUAGCAAAAAGAAAAAUAAAAUAUCUGGGAAUAAACCUAACUAAGGAGGUGAAAAACCUGUAUGCAGAAAACUAUACAGCCCUGAAGAAAGAAAUCAAGGAAGACACAAACAAAUGGAAACAUAUACCUUGUUCGUGGAUUUGAAGAAUUAACAUCAUCAAAAUUUCCAUACUACCCAGAGCAAUAUACAGAUUCAAUGCAAUACCUAUUAAAGUACCAAUGGCAUAUUUCACAGACAGAACAAACACUUUGAAAAUUUAUAUGGAACCAUAAACGAGCCCGAAUAGCAGCUGCUCUUUUGAGAAAGAAGAAAAAAGUAGGAGGGAUCACAAUACCUGAUACCAAACUGUAUUACAAGGCCACUGUAAUCAAAACAGCCGGGUACUGGCAUAAAAACAGGCACAUAGACCAAUGGAACAGAACAGAGAGCCAGAAAUCAACCCAACUCUCUACAGUCAAUUAAUAUUUGACAAAGGGGGCAGUAACAUAAAAUGGAGUAAAGAUAGCCUCUUCAACAAAUGGUGUUGGGGGAACUGGACAGCUAUGUGCAAAAAAAUGAAACUUGAGCACAAACUUAUACCAUAUACCAAAAUAAAUUCAAGGUGGAUAAAAGACUUAAAUAUAAGCCAUGACACCAUUAAAGUCCUAGAGAAAAACAUCGGCAAGAAAAUGUCAGAUAUUUCACACAGCAACUUUUUUACUGAUAUGUCCCCUAGAGCAAGGAAUAUAAAGGAAAGAAUAAACAAAUGGGAUCUCAUCAAAAUAAAAAGCUUCUG